GAAAUAACAUGUACAAUUUCUCAUUUGUGUAGUGAAAACAUAAUAAUGUACAUUAAUUUAUUUUAUAAAACACUUAAAACUUUUUUCUUGAUCAAACUCUUGAAUGUCGUAAUUUUACAAUAGGUUUGUUUUACUCUGUUUUACUCUGAUAUCUGAAUGUACGUCAGUGACGUCAAUUAUUAGUCACUGAGUAAAAUAAAGUUGAAUUUGUGUUAUUUCAGUUAAAAACUGACUUCUUUUUAGUGUUUUUCACAUAAUAUAUAAACAUCAAAAUGUCGUCCCGCAAGACAGCCGGCCGCCGCGGCACGAACAAGAAGCGUGCGCAACGCGCCACCUCCAAUGUGUUCGCGAUGUUCGAUCAGGCGCAAAUAGCCGAGUUCAAGGAGGCUUUCAACAUGAUCGACCAAAAUCGGGACGGAUUCGUUGACAAAGACGACCUGCAUGAUAUGCUGGCUUCUCUUGGUAAGAACCCCACAGAAGACUAUCUGGAAGGCAUGAUGAAUGAGGCGCCAGGUCCAAUCAACUUCACCAUGUUCUUGACGUUGUUCGGCGAGCGGCUGCAAGGCACCGAUCCUGAAGACGUCAUCAAGAACGCAUUCGGAUGCUUCGAUGAAGAGAACAACGGUGUGAUAGGCGAGGAGCGUCUCCGCGAGUUACUGACCACGAUGGGCGACCGCUUCACCGACGACGACGUGGACGAGAUGCUGCGCGAGGCGCCCAUCCGCGACGGACUCUUCGACUAUGUGGAGUUCACGCGCAUCCUCAAGCACGGCGCCAAGGACAAGGACGAACAGUAAACAGCCACAUGCAGGCUGCUCCACAAUCGAUUUCAAAAUCGAUAUGCGUAAUCGAUUGGGAGAUUUAAAAUAUGUAGUUUGGUUGACAAAUAAUUGUAUUCGAUUUUUAAAAUUGACGAUCGAAUUUAAUAAUGCCCCCUACCAAUUUUACGAUCGAUAUUUUAACGUUUGCCAUAUGAUUUUUUUGUGUUGGUAACAUUGCCACGUUUGUACUUACGCAGCCUGCGAGUUCUACGUAAUAUUUUUUUAUAAUAUUUGCCAAACAUAUAAAA